AUGAUCCGACCUCGUCUUCGAUAUACUACUUGCUUCCGACCUCGUACGCUUUCAUCCUGCGUGACUUUUACCACUUGUACCCCGCGACAUCUUCCCAGGAAGUCUCACUGGCUAGAUCAAAAUGCUGUUCAACGACAUCGCGUCAAUGAAGUAUCGAUAUCAAAACGAUCAUUCCAAACUACUCAUCUUAGAUCAACUGUCUCACCGUUCAAAUUACAUGAUAUAGGAGAAGGUAUAACAGAGGUUGAAAUCAUAAGAUGGUACGUUGAAGAAGGACAAGAAGUGGUAGAAUUCGAUCCUUUAUGUGAAGUGCAAAGUGAUAAAAGUGUAGUCGAACUCACUUCACAUGCAAAUGGAUUAGUCAGAGGACUCCAAUAUUCAGCUGGAGAGACCGUUAAAGUCGGUCAAACGUUAUGUGAUAUUCACACGAGCGAAGAUGGAGAUGGAGACUCGACGGACCCGUUGAAAAUUGAAGAGAUGGUUGUUUCUCCUCAAACCGACCUCGACUCUUCUCGAAGUCAAAGUACACGGGAAAUCGCUGUGGAAGAUAAAGGCAUUGGUAUCAACGAACCCGAACAAAAAGCUCUGGAGGAAAACAAAGUUCAGCAUGUUGAUCAAGCUGAACGACUGAAUGAACAAUUGGAAAAACUUCAAGAUCAAGCGUUCACAUCUUCAUCCCCUUCACCGACUUCACGUGAACACCGUCUAGCGGAAGAAGAAUCAAAUGAUCCAAUUCAACUACAAGGUGAAGCGUCAAUAUUACCUUCACCACCUACAUCUUUCGCUCAGACAUACGAAGCAGUUCCACCUCGUAAAGAGAAUAUCGGCAAUGGGAUUGGGAUUGGAAUUGGAAUUGGAAAUGAGAACGAAAAGAAAGGGAUCGUUAGAGCGUCACCUGCAAUAAGAACUUUGGCAUCUAAAUUAGGUGUUGAAUUGAACAGCGUAAAAGGGACAGGUGAAAAUGGUAGAAUAACAAAAGACGAUGUUUUGGCCAUAUCCCAAUCCCAAUCCCAACCACAACCACAUUUACAAAAUAGUCAAAGUCGGUUAGAUAGAUAUAGACAGGUCGGAUCCGGACAUGAACAUGAGCAUGACCAAAGAGAUAAAGAUAGAGAUAGAGAUAGAGACGAUAUACAACCAUAUACUAAAGUCAAUCUCGGUAGAACUAGGAAAGCUAUGUGGAAAGGAUUAUCUCCACAAGGAUCAAUUCCACAUUUUGGUUAUUCACAUACGAUAGAUUUAACUUUUUUAUUGCCUUACAUGAAAGUCAAUUCUUCUUCUUCUUCCUCACUUUCAUCGAAUUCGAAAAGAAACAGUUAUAUAGCAUCUGAUAUCCCUCAGCAACUAGUUCGGAACCCACUUGACGACAAUACCUCAUGGAUUCCAUCCAAACACAAGAACACUUUACUGAGUUUUUUCGUCAAAGGUUUAGUAUUAGCAUUGGAGGAACAUCCAAUUAUGAGAAGUAGAGUUAAGGAAAAUCAAGAUGAUGAAAAUGAAAGGUGGUUGGAGGUGGCCAGGGAUCCUAUCAUAGGAAUAGCUGUUUCUGACCCAAAAUACGGAUUAUUAACACCAUCAUUACCACCCCUCCAUCCCUCUACUUCACUCUCAACGAUAUCCUCUCAUUUAAGCGCACUUCGAAACUCACCUAGUAAACCUACUCCACCCGGAAAUAUAACUGUCUCAAGCAUAGGUGGAUUGGGAGAAGGCUUAGGUGCUAUGCCAAUCAUACCUCCAGGAGGAGGAAUAGCGAUUUGUGCCAUUGGAAGAGCAGCUUGGAGGAUGGAAUGGGAUCACCAAGAUGGAAAUAAGGAUUGUGGGAAAUCAGUCUGGGAAUUAAGUGAAGAACAAGUGGUCAAAGGUGGAAUGACAGCUAGGUUGAAGGUCAAUGUAGGGUGGAGCGGUGAUCAUAGGAUCCUCGAAGGUGCGGAAUUGAUCGCAUUCACGGAAACUUGGAAGAAAUACAUCGAAGAACCGUGGAGAUGGAUUAAUAUCUCUUGA